UGUGCUUCCUGGGGGACGUUAUGAUGACUGGGUUGGGAUAAACUGCACUAAAAAGUGCCUCUUUGGAAGGUAUUCAGAUGGCGCUUGCAAAUGUGACAGUGGUUACUGGGGAGCAAACUGUUCCAGUGUGUGCCCUGGGGGUGCGGAUAACCCUUGUUUCGGGAAUGGUCAGUGUAACAUGGAAACCGGCGUAUGCAAGUGUCAUCCCAACUGGCAAGGAGGCCAAAACUGCUCUUCAUGCACACCCGGUUGGAAAGGUUCAUCGUGCUCUGUCGCUGUGACAACAAUAGAACCAUCUGUUGCAAACGUAACCUUCAAAAUCUGCAGCAUAUCAGAAAGAGGCUACGUGACUGGAUUUGAUGGCUCACUUUACACGUUUACGACACUGGGCGAAUUUGUCAUGAUAAACUCUACCAUCCUUCAAGUGCAUGUUCGGCAAGUACCAUGUCAGGUUAGCUCCGUAUGCAUCAGUGCUGUGGGUGUGAGGUUUAAUGGAUUGUCCAUCAGUGUUCACGCUCCAUACGACAUUAACUCCCGGCCAGUUGUAUAUGCAAACGAUAAACAAAUUAGUGCUGGAGGAGAGCCUACUAAAGAAAUGUUUAUAAGCAAUGUCACUGUUCAGCCACUGUCUUCCACUUCCUACAGGAUUGUUAUUUCACACUAUUUGUCCAUACAAACAGUCUUUGCAGCUCGAUACCUCAGCGUAGAAUCCACAAUGCCUUUGAGUUUCUGCCAAUAUGCCGAUGGACUUUGUGGCUCUUGCACUAAAGUACCGACCUUAAACGAAACUCAGGGAAAUGGAAGUUCUCUUUUCCCGACGAAACGACCAACAACUGUUUUGGAAGAGUUUGGACGAGCAAACGCAUCUCAUAAUAACGUUGAUGGCUUUGUAAAAGAGGAACUGUCCGUUAAAGGCGUAGGUGGAUCUGUCAUUGUUAUUGAUAAACAAGUCCACAAGGAAACUCGAGUUAUAUACGGUGGUAUCUAUAAUCUCUAUUACAGAUUCACCGCAGUAGUUACGCAAAAGGUAGUUCGUCUCUUUGUGAGCGAUACGGUAUCAUUCCAGCUGCUUGUCAAAUCGUGCGAUCCACGGAUAUGCGGAGGAACUUUGCUUUCUUACACCUCGAAUGUGACCUUUUACAUUAGCAAUCAUAUUACGGUGAAAGUUGUCAUCGGGCUAGAAGUCUUUAAUACAGGAAUUGCUACAGAGGAAGGUUUGUGGAAUCAGAUCACCAUUGUAUUUUACCGCUUAAAGCUACAACUCUUUGUUUUUGUGACAUUUUCAUCAGGACUGGUACAAGUGCGAAAGUUUAAUGUGACAAUUGACCCUUUCAUUGUGGAAGGAACAUUUGCUGUCGGCAUGUGGCAACCUGCUUCUGGUUCCAUCAGCGUUCAACCAACCAACGUGUUUUACGGGCAAAUAGAUGAAUUAUGUGUAUGGAGCAGACCACUUGACUAUGCACUAGUUCAGCAAAGUUGGCGAUCAAAUAUUCAACCUAACGCCCCAUCUCUUACGAACUUGUGGAAAUUCAACGAGGGGGAAAGUGCCGUAGUCAAGGACCUUGUUUCUGGCGUAACGUUAUCCUUUCCCAAAUAUCCUUUAGGGACGCCACAAUGGGUAUUCUCUGACGCAGCCAUAGCCUCCGUGGUUGCAGUGAAUACGAAUAAGAACAAUGCAACUUUGCAGGAAAUCGCUACAGAGGGGUGUAUCGAACUGAUCUUCAAAGGACCUAUCUAUACUGCUUGUAGGCUACUAGGCAACGUUACCUUGGAAUUUUACUUCCGCGCCUGCGUAGAAGCGGUUGUAGACAGUGGUUCAACAGUUGAGUCAAUCGAUGUAGUUAUAACCAUCUCCGAUUACUGCGAGAAAACACUUAGUUUGUCUUACUGGCCAGCUCAACCAUUAUGCAACAAAUUUCCUGGCAAACGUUUUCCAAAUUGGAUAGGUGCAAACUGUACAAUUCCCUGCAUUUUUGGCCAAGCUUCAAAUGACAGCGAAGUCUGUAAAUGCGACCCAGGCUUCUAUGGAGCAAACUGCUCGGGUAUUUGUCCAGGAGGAAGAGGACGCACGUGUAACAAUCAUGGUAUCUGUGAUGCUGUGACAGGAAAAUGCUUCUGCGAGCUAAAUUGGAGAGGAAAUGAGAACUGUACGGCUUGCUCAAGUGGCUGGGCAGGAACAGAUUGUUCAACUGCUGUCACAAGAUGGCCCCAUGGAGGAGCUUUGUUUGGUGUUGGUGCAGUAUUACUCGGUGGGCAUUUUACAUCGCUCAGAGGCAUUAGCUUCACCUUGCACGUGACCGGUGAAUAUUACCUCAUAUACUCUAUACAUGUUUCCGUACUUGUGCAAAUUCGACUUGUCUCCUGCUUUGAACGUGCAACCUGUAUCAAUUCCAUUGCGAUAAAAAUCUCUUCGCAUACAUUUGUUUUACAUGGACCGUACACGUCUGGAGGAGACGUGGUUGUCUGGUUAAACGGAAUAAUUAUUGAUAUCGAUGUGCAUCCAAUAACUGUUCAGACAUACGGAUUUGAAGUCAAGAAAAUUGCAUCAUAUCUGUGGGAAGUAAAAUACACAGGAUUACACUUCAAAAUACAUAUCACCGGACGCUACUUGAGCCUGAGCACAAAACUAACGGGCUUGGUUUGCAAAACCGCAAUCGGUCUACUUGGUUCCUGUAAUCAGGAUUUAUUAGAAUCCCUGAUGUCUUUUCAUCCAAAUAAAAACUGCUCCGAUGUGAGCCUUGCGUUUAAUAGAACAGAAAACCAUAAUGCAUCAAACAACAAAAGCGCAACUCAAGAUGUUAUAACAGCGCUUGUUGUUACAAAGCUCAAAGUGAAAGCAUGCCAAAGUUUAUUCCAGUACGAGUAUAAAGACUUGAUAGAAUAUCGCGAUGCGAACGCUGGCUACGCCCUGUAUUUUGACCAAACAGCGGUCGUUUCUGGAGUCAUCUACAAGGCCUUCUUAUCUACUGACAUAACCAUUAAAAUCAUGUUCAAAACAGUGCGUUACGGAGUUAUCUUUGCCUAUACAAGCAGCAAGACCUUCUUUGUAACUAACAAAGGAGGAAAAUUCACUAUUUACUACGGCGACGAAAACUAUCCUACAAACAUCGCUGCGGAACUAAAUGAAUGGAACCAGAUUAGUCUCGUGUUCAGAAAAUCCACUACUGUCUUACAGUUCUACUACUUUUCGCAUGGAGGUCAGCUGCAUCGCCUCGAUAUAUACACUGGAGUGGAUAUUUUUGCUCCCGGAGGAAUGAUCGCUUUGGCUGGUUGGAUGCCGUCUUUGGAUGGAUCUGGAAUUCAGCCUGCUGAAAGUUUUGUUGGGGUUGUCGAUGAAGUUCGCAUCUGGACGCGCUAUUUCCAUCCAGCGUUCAUUUUACAAACGUGGAAUCGAACGGUGGACGUAGAAACGGAAGACAUCGCACAUGUAUGGAAGUUUGACCAAGGUGAGGGCAUUGUCGCUUUGGACAAGGUCACUGGGAUGAAGCUGGAGUUACCAUUCAAGCCUUGGAGGAAACCUAAGUGGAGAUAUUCAGAUGUGAUAUUACAAAUGCCAUUUUACAAAAGUCCAACAUCUUUCUCCUUCAAGAACACAACAUUUCAAGAGCAAGCUGAACAUUUUUGCAACAGAACGUUAUUAAUGGGACCGCUCAAUACCAAAUGUAACAACUUGGGUCCGGGGGUGGCGAUCUUUUACUUCCGAUCCUGUCUCCGUCAUAUUUCAACAUACGAAUCCCUUUACAUGUCUUUGGAGGUGAUGAUAUCAUACGCCGACUACUGCCAGGCCAUCAACAAUCUAACAGUUUGGCCAGGAAAAGCACUCUGCAAUGAAUAUCCAGGAAGGGAUUUCCCAAUCUGGUUCGGAAAAGCUUGCGAUCGAAAGUGCGUAUUUGGAACAAAAAUUGACUCUGAAACUUGCCUCUGUCACUACGGUUACUGGGGCCCUGAGUGCGAGAGUCCAUGCCCUGGUGGAGCUGCGAGUCCGUGUGGUAACAACGGAGUGUGUGAUAGCAUCACAGGCAAGUGCAAUUGUCGUGCUAAUUAUAACGGGACAGUGGACUGUAGUAAGUGCUCUUUAGGAUGGACUGGGAUCGAUUGCUCCCUUGCCUUGGUAUCACUAAAGAAGCUACACUUCUCCAUCGCGAUAUGCUCCAUUGGCGGUCAUUACAUCACCUUUGGCGGCUAUAGCUUCACCCUUGUGGCUGUUGGUGAGUACUACGUAAUAAAUGUGCCUCACAAGUCAUUUCAAGUUCACGUUCGUCAGGUACCGUGCAGAUUACAAUCGGUCUGUGUUAACGCCAUUGGAAUAAGGGUUUUAUCAACUGUGAUAUCAUUCCAUGCUCCGUAUGUAACAGGUGGUGGUCCAGUUAUAUGGGUCAAUGGAAGAUUUAUACCUUUAUCAGGUCUAGUCUCCAAUCUCGGAAACCGUCAUCAUCGCAUUCUACUGAAGUAUGAAGGUCAUAGCCACUACCAAAUAUCUUGGAAAGACCACUUUGUGAUCCGCAUUCGUAUCACUGGACGCUACUUGAGUUUCAAGGUAGAGGUCAACCCUGAGUACUGUAAGAACUCUACGGGUCUACUUGGCUCUUGCGAUAGUGAUCCUAACAAUGAUCUCAAAAUCAGUUCGAACACAAGUGUCAUCCCAGCCAACGCCUCUCAGUCACUCUUAAACGAUGGAGUUGGAAGCAGUGCUGCUGUACUUGAUAGGGACAGAGUCAUUGUUUUGAAGUACAAACAUUACCAAGAAACAAGACUACCAUCUGGAGGCAUAUACGCCAUUUUCGUCAACAGAACGGGAGUUUCAUCUAAGCCACUGACGAGAACAUUUAUAUCCCACGUCGAUAUAACGGUCGAAAUCCUCGUUAAGCCUUACCAAUUGGCUGGAACAAUUUUUUCUUACGCAGCUGUACAAACAUUUGCGAUAACAAUUGAAAAUUUCUUCAUAAUUCAUUUUGGAAAAACUGUCAUUGAUACUGGUGUAACGGCAACAAUCAAACAGUGGAGUCACAUAUCGCUUGUUUGGCACUAUAGGACAAAAGUUCUGGAAUUCUAUCACUUUGACUUCAAUGGGGAAGUACAACGAAGGUCGUACACGUUAUCUUCCCACCCAUUCCUACCUGGUGGAGUCCUUUCACUUGGGCGGUGGGAAGCUUCGCCUGGUGACAAUGACGCCUGCACUUUUACUUCGUUUGUUGGUAUCUUUGAUGAAUUUCGUGUGUGGAAACGUGCUUUUAAUCCAGCUCUCGUACGACAGAACUGGCGUAUGAAUGUCCUUCCAACACAUCCAGACGCCACAGGUCUUUGGAAGAUCAAUGAAGGUGAGGGUGACGUCAUUAAGAAUUUGGCGAGCAACGAACACUUAUAUUUGCCAAGGUUACCAUGGCAACAGCCUAAGUGGGUUUUCUCUGAUGCUGAGGUCAAAACCAAUUUUACAUCGAAGAGCAAGCCAUUUGAGUCGCACUUUUCAAAUAAAGCACUAGAGAAUAUGGCCAAAUCUUUCUGCUUCGAGCUCUUUUACAGUAGCCAAAUUUCUGAUUUCUGUUACGCUGGCUUAAAAGCUGAACUUGAAUUUUUUUACCUUGUUUGUCUAAAAGAUAUAGCAACGACUGGAUAUUUGAAUACAGCCCGGACAGCUGUUGUAACCUUCUCUGACCAUUGUCAAGCUGUUCUUAAUCUUACCAGCUGGCCGGCAAAACCACUUUGUAAUAGGUUCCCUGGAAGUCAUUUCCCUUUGUGGAUUGGACAUAAGUGUGACGUAAAAUGCGUGUUUGGUACUGUGGAUCCUGACGAUGGUAACUUGUGCAUGUGCUCUGAAGGCUACUGGGGAAAGGACUGUUCUCAUCUAUGUCCCGGAGGGCCACUGCAUACAUGUGGAGGACACGGCCGGUGCGACAGAACUAGAGGAAAAUGCAAGUGCGAAGUGAAUUGGGCCGGUAACUCCAACUGUAGUAGCUGUAGUCCUGGUUGGAGUGGAAUCAACUGUCAAUUUGCCGUCAAACCCGUCAAAGGUGUAACUUUGAACACAGUUGUCGUUGCAUCAGUUGGAGGAUACGGCUACUUCACAACGUUCUUCGGUGUUAGUUUUACCCACAGAGUAGUUGGCGAGUUCUACCUGUUGCGAUCACCUGCACACAACUUCUUCAUCCAGCAUCAACAAGCUCCAUGCGUCACUGGUGAUACUUCUACCUCCCUUUGUACAACAGGAUUUGGAUUUGGUUUCGGUAGCAGCCAUGUUGUUAUUCGUGCUCCUGUCACAAUACUUUCAAAAGCAGUUGUCGUAUUCCCGCUUGUCUGGUUGAACAACAGAGUAGUUCACAUUCACCACAGAACCCAACUAUCCGUGCACUUCGUUAUGGUCCGGCUGUCCAAUGCAACGUUUCAUAUCUACGGUCCACACGGAAUUAAAUUUUCAUUAACUGUUGGCCAUAGUCUUGCUGUGAUAAUUCGUAUGCCAGCUGCAUACUGUCAGAGUUCAACAGGUUUACUUGGAGUCUGCAAAAGCCAUACUCUUAAGGGAUCCAGCAACCUUGAAACAUAUAUCACGGCUCUUAAAAUAAAUUCAGUAGUAGAUCCUUCCAAGUCAAUGUUCAUCUAUAAGUUCCUACACUACAUCGAACAUCGCGUGCCCACGCAUGCUGGAUUCAAUCUGUUCUUCGAAGACCAUUACGUUCGCUCUCAGCCCAUGUACUUCCCUAAUGUUGAUGUUUUAACAGUCGAACUGCUUGUUAUGGCGCCCAGACUAGGAGGAGUCAUCUUUUCGUACUCAAGCCAAAGGCGUUUGGCUAUAGUUAACAAUGAAAAAUUAAUGAUCAUCUACAGUGGAUCAUUGUUUCACACAGGGCUGACCCUUGAGAUUGGCCAGUGGAAUCAGAUCUCCCUGGUUUAUAGGAAGAUGGUUGGAAUUCUUCAUUUCUAUUUGUUUAGCUCUUCUGGGGAAGUCAAAGUCCGCGUAUUCAAACUUGAUAACCACGUUUUCACAAAUGGUGGCGUCUUAGCGCUUCGACAAUGGCAGCUGUCGCCUGGUUCCGAUAAUUCGCUUCCUGGAUCUAGCUUUGUUUGGCAAGUUGACGAAAUGCGUAUCUGGAAAAGACGGCCAAGCCCAGACCUAGUGAAAGUUAAUUGCAGAGUAAAUGUGCCAGCCCACGCCUAUCCAGACUUGCUACACUUGUGGAAGUUCAGUCAGGCUAAAGGAAGAGUCAUUCGUGAUUUGAGAGGAAAGAGCGACUUGCUCACGGUGAAAUUUCACAAGCCUCACUGGUCGUUUUCGGAUGCUGAUGCCCGCAGUAGAAAGCCUAUUAGCAAGGACAUUGCUUUCAUUAACACAAAACUAAGACAAGAUGCAGAAUCUUUCUGCUAUAGUCUUAUUCUCAACGGCUCACUGUACGCCAGAUGCGAGGCUCUUUCUCUUCAGGUUGCUCAAUUUUAUUACAAAGCUUGCCUCCGUGACAUUUUGCUGUCGCGUAAUUUACACUCUGCUGUUCACGCAGUUGCUACAUUUGCCGACUUCUGCCAGAACUCACUGGAACUGAUCGAAUGGCCAGCCAGAGAACUGUGUCAUCGCUCUCUGCUUCAACGAACUCACGCUGGAUUGGUUCGCGUUGCACUGCGAUGUUCAAAUAACUGA